UGGACAGAUCUAGCGUCGGCUCGUCCUCCCAUCAGGCAGCCACGCCCGACGCCGCCUUCCCCCAGUUCCCCGCCGAUCUGCACGGUCGCCGCCGGCUUCCCCGGCCGCCGCUGCCUUCUCCCUCCGCCGGACCCGUGGCCGCCGCCCCCUCCUCCGUCAGCGCCCCCCCGGCCGCCGCCGCCUCCCCCUGCAGCCGCGGCCAGGCUGCGUCCUCAGGCCCGGCGGCAGGUCGCCGCGGCCACCCCCCUGCAGCCGCGCCAUCCCCGACCGCCGUGGCCAGCUCGCCGCCUCGGGGCGGCGCCGGCAAAUUCUCCUCCCCCCGGCAGCGGCAGUACCCGGCCGUCGUGCUGCCAGCUCUCCUCCCCCGAAGCAUUGCAGGCUAACUUGAUUACAAUGUCCAUCUUCCGCUCCCUUCUUCCAACAGUACCAAGAAAGAAUGGUUGGAGAUGCUUUGUUACUGGGUUUCCUUCCGAUACUAUAGCGGAGCUCAACAAGGAAAUGGAAUCUGUGUUUGGUGAGUCUCCUGCACCCAGUCCUUUAGGUUCAUCUCCUCCUCAGCAACCAGCAAGACCCACUAAUGGAUCUGGGGGUGGACAACCAGUGCUUACUCAUGUUGAUAGCAGUGGCCAGGCAAAGAUGGUUGAUGUCUCCUCCAAAAACGACAGCACAAGAGUUGCUGUAGCCACUUGCAGGGUCUUGCUAGGCCAGAAGGCAUUUGAUUUGGUAGCAUCAAACCAGAUUGCCAAAGGAGAUGUUCUAACUGUCGCAAAGAUUGCUGGAAUAACUGGUGCGAAGCAAACCAGCAACCUCAUACCAUUGUGCCAUAACCUUAAUAUUUCCCAUGUUCGUGUUGACCUUACUCUUAAUGAAGAAGAUUCUAGUGUUAUGAUAGAAGGAGAAGCUUCAACCAAUGGCAAGACAGGGGUUGAGAUGGAAGCAAUGACAGCGGUAGCCAUUGCUGGUCUCACAGUUUAUGACAUGUGCAAAGCUGUUUCAAAGAACAUUUGCAUAACAGACAUCUGUCUCCAACACAAAUCUGGUGGAAAGAGUGGAAGCUGGUCAAGAAGUUAGACACUUCAAUAGUUGUCGUUGGUAUAUGAAUCACAACAAUGGCUUGGGUACAAAGUUUCAUAGCUACCCUACCGAUAAGUUUUGAGGCCUUAAUAAAUGCUUAUUAGAAUACUUUUACUUCUAGUAAUUAGAUUAAUUUUACUGCGUAAUGUUGCACGAUUCAUUGUUUAAUUAUUUUAGGAUAACUGGAUGUUGUGAAAUGCACCUCCCUGAUGUGGUAUUAGUUCCGUCACUUGUCACUGCAUUUAUAUAAAAUGAUAUAGUGAUAUGCACAUGACCACAUGUGGACGUAAA